CUGGUCAUGGCCAGAAGAUGGCGAUCGACUAUGGCCAAUUGCUGUUUGUUGAGCUUCCGGUGCUUCGAGAGUGCGAGGUUUUGUGUUUCUGAUGCUGCUGUGAUUGUGGUAAAGAGCAUCAUCGAAGUCGAACUCCUUGUGGUCGCUCUUGUUGUCCGUGGAGCGGCUGAAUUUGAUGAGAUUGACCGUGAUUUGAGGUGAGAUUCAUCAAUGGGAGGCAGUGUGGUACGAGGAUUGUUGUCCAAUAGGCACCUCACGACACAAUCGCUCUUUCCAUUGUCAUCACCGCCUUCGAAUUCGUGCCUGUUGUUAUCAUCGGGAGGCGCAGGAGCUGGGACGUUCGUUCGCAGAACGAGCUUGUUUUCUAGGGUUCAUGAGCAUGUCUGCGAUGGCGUCACUGGAAUGGGUUUAGGUUUGCGGUUACACAACCUCUGUGGUGAGCUACUUGGGAUUCGGGCGAUGAGUAGCUCAAUCAGAGGCAGGUUGGACGGUUCGACAGCAGGGCUGUCGAAGGCGAGGCAGGGUUCUGUGAUGUAUUGUGACAGCUCGAGUGCGGCGGAGACAUCCACCUCUGAGAACGUGCAAGAAACGCCUAAGGUGUUCAGACCAGUUGUGAGCUUCUGUCAAUCAUGCGGAGGAGCUAUGCAGCAACGGAUUCCAGAGGGCGAGCAUGAGUUGCGAGCUGUCUGUUCAAAAUGCGGUUCAAUACAUUAUCAGAAUCCUAAAAUGGUGGUAGGUUGCCUGGUGGAGCAUGAGAACAAGGUGUUGCUUUGCAGGAGGAAUAUCGAGCCCUCUUAUGGUCUUUGGACACUACCAGCAGGAUACAUGGAGCUCGGGGAGUCUGCUGCCGAAGGUGCAGCAAGAGAGACUUUGGAAGAAGCUCGUGCAGACGUAGAAGUUGUUGCCCAUUUUGCUCAUCUGGAUAUCCCGUUAAUUGGCCAGAGCUAUAUAAUAUUUCGUGCCCGAUUCAAGCAGCCGACCUUCUCUCCUGGUCCGGAAUCGCUGGAGUGUGCUCUUUUUUCACUUGAUGAGAUACCAUUCGAUUCGAUUGCAUUCUCUUCUGUAACUGUCGCUCUAAAAAUGUACAUUGAAGACGUCAAGGCAGGCCGAAUCAGACAUCACCAUGGGGUUAUUGUUAAAAGGCCUGGUGCCAGCCCGUCAGAUCCACUUGGUUAUGUUGUUCGGGAUCACCUCGCGACAUGAUGGUGGAGUGUCGAGUUGAUUCAUUCAUCCUGCAUGGAAUGGUCAUCUGGGUGUGCGGUAGAACAUUCUUCUUGUGGGCAAUCUGAGUUUUGGUAGUGUUGGAGGUGAUAAGUUGUAUCUUGUCCCCCCUGCAGCAUGAGCUGCACGUUUCCACGUAAUGGAAUCCUCCCCAGUUUGGAAUAACUUCACCCCCUCAGGUCUAAAGACGACCUCUGGUCACCCAUGGAGAGAUUCCUGGAAAACUUUGUUAGAUAUUCUUAGGAAUUGAAAGCUUGGACAUGCUGGACGGUGGAGCCUCAGCGAAAUGAAAUUCUGUAUUGAUUGAGUCAUCUACUUGAGGCUUGAGAAUGACGCUCAAACCUCUUUAGACUGAAUUUCAAGUUUGCCAAAGCAGUAGCUAUUCAUACACAUCA